AUGGAACAAUCCUCUCCUCGAGUUUGGUUGAUCACCGGUUCAUCCUCUGGAUUUGGCAGGGAGAUGACGGAAGAGGUCCUGUUGUCGCAACUCUGCGCAAGCCCUCCGUCCUUGAUGACCUCGUUGCCAAAUAUCCGCGCACUCAGCUCCUGGCCAAGAGUGCCUUUGGAUACGUCAAUGUCGUAUAACAACGCAGGGCAGGUGUCUUACCAGGAGUUGGAGGGGAUGUCAUCCAACAUGGACCGUGCCAGGGAAUUGAUGGAUAUCAAUUUCUGGGGUGCCGUUACGGUAAGCCUUGAGGCGGUUAGAUUCUUCAGAGAGGAGAAUCCCAAGGGCUAUAAGGGGAUGCUCAUUCAAGUAUCGAGCGCGGCAGCGAUUAGUGGGGUCCCUCUGCUCGGGUUUUAUAACGCAACGAAAGCAGCCUUGGAUUCGUUCACCGAGGUCUUGGCACAGGAGGUGCUUCCUGCUUGGAACAUUCGUUUCUUGAAUGUCCACCCAGGUUGGACGCGCACGCCUAUUACAUCAAGUGAGAUGCUUGAACCUCCAGCAGCGUACGCAUCAGAACCGGCAGCUGUAACCACGAAGAUGCGUGCUGGAUUUGAUGCUUUCAUCGAAAGCGAUGCGCUGGCUAGUGUUGAGGCUGUGACAAAACGCAUCUUUUGUGUGAUGUGGGAGGGCGAUGAAUACCUGCGACAGGGUGAACAGGACGGCAUUCCAGGCCUCACGAACUUGUAUGUGGGCAUGGACUCGCUGGAGCUUGUGCAUACAAAGAUUCGACGGCUGCAGGGUUACGUAUUCCGGUCUCUAUAUCCUCUAGCACUGGCACUUCAACCAGAUGAUGGCUACUUGCUCUUGGCGAAGUUGCUAUCUACAUCUUAUUAUCUGACUGUGAUCCUUUAG